AUGCAGUUCGAGAUAAAUGUUCCUGGUAGGGUUGCUCUGGCGACUGGGUAUACCGCUGUAAUUCUGGUGCUCCACAGCGGAGGUGAGGCCGAUUUUGGUGUUCAAAUGAAUCCUCGCGUGCAAGCACAUCCUCUGGGAGUAUUGCUACAUUUCCUUGUGUUCGGUGAAGGUUGCAUGAGUACCACGACAAUGACAUCGCUUGCGAAUUUGUAUUUAUCACUGGGCAAACUGGAUGCUUGUAAUACACAGUGCCAGCUUAUCCUGAACAUCGACAGGAACAACGACGAUGCAACACUUGUUAGUUAA